GCGCAGUUGGGCAUUAUACAAAAAAGUUUAUGUGCAAUAGAUAUUCGUGAUUUAUGUUAACAGUUUACAAAAUUUUAACAUUCGAAGUACAGUAUGAUAUGAAAAAUAAUUGGAAUUCGUGAAAACUUGCUGAAAGUUCAAGGAUAUAAUUGAUAUUUAUUAUAAAAAACCGCAUAUCUCCUUGACUUGAACAUGAAACUUGAAACUCAUGGUGGUUUCCCAAAUGGCUACGGACAAUAAAGUACAAAUGAAAAGCGAUACCUGUAAGAAAUAAUUAGGAGAGAUGUCUGACAACCCAGAAGAAACAGCUUACUAUCUGCGCCUUAUUUCCAUGUACAUUGACCUUGGAACAGAAACAGUUGUUAAAGUGUUCUACUAUUUAACACCUAAACAAAAUGUGAAAUCAUUCUUUUCUUUACCUGACAUACAGAGUGCUUUAAAAUCUUUAUCUAAAAACAAGCUUUUAAGCUGCAAGGAAUAUAAGCUUGUAUCAUAUAAUCCAAACCCAGAGAAGUUCGAUAUAUCACUUCUGGUUACUUUAUUAACCAAUUUAUACAAAAGAAAGUUACCUGCUCCGAAUAAUGGAUGGACAUCUCCUCCAGAUUCUCAAGAUUUUUCCAUUGCAGCUGACUUGUUACGGUUGCGAAAUAUACGAAACACGGUUGUCGCACAUCAGCCUCGAGCUAGAUUGUUUAAAGUUCAAUUUGACUACCUUUCGAGAAGAGUAGAAGAUAUUUUAUUGAGACUGAUUAGACAAGUAGAUCCAGCAAGCGAAACCAUUUUGAAAGAGAGAAUAGCUGCAUACAAAGAAAAGGCGCUGGAUCCGCAAAACGAUGGAGAGCAAGAAUAUUUGGAAAAAUUACGAGACUGGUGGGAAAACUGCGAAGAGAUUUCCAAAUUACAAGAACGGGUUGAAAAUUUGGUAAAGAAAACACAAGAAUUUGUGCUUUUCUUCAAGUCGAAACCAGAAAGAUACUUCCGUUAUAUCAAGCUCUUGUUUGAUGGUGGACGUUUGGUUUUAAGCGGUCAGUUAGGCAGUGAAGUAUCGAAGCAAAAUGAAACGUUAGAGAUGAUAUUGCAUAGUAAUCAAGAAUUCUUAAAGGAUAAAUUUUCCAGUGUGCAAAUGUAUAAGCAGUUAUUUCAAGGUACAGAAGAAAACACUAUUAUAAACACCAAUAUAGAAACGUGGGACAUCACAGUAGUGGCAGUUGUGAUUAUAAGUAUCUUCUCCAAAACGAUUGAUGAAGUAACAUUAACAAACGUCUCAAGUAUUAUGGAAGCUAGAAAUGAUUAUGCAAAAACCGCACUAAUGGCUUUAGAUAGUGAUCUGUUCACUUCCUGCUGCGAAGAUCUGCUCUCAAGUAUUCGAGUCUUGUCUUCUAGACUUGGAAAUGUUAUUUACAAAAAGUGCAACGAAGUCAUUGAAGUAUACAAGAAAAAGUCAGAGAGCAAUUCUGGUGAUGUUGAUCAUUAUUUUGAGGAAUUAAGAAGUCAUGGUUCAGAAAUAAAAACAAUUGCUGAAGUAUACAGAGAAACGGUGGAUAAAUUAAAAGAUUCGGUGAAACAAAUGGAGAAAGAUGGCAUAGCUUUUAAACGUGAACAUGUUCUAGAGUUAAAAAUGGUAACAUUAGGCAAUAACGAAGAAAAGAAAAAAGUGGCGGAGGAUACGCUAGAAGCUGUCUGGCAAGCUGCACUGAAAACAUCUAAAAACCCUGAGGAAUUUGAAGCAGUUCGACAGGCUUUAGACAUGAUUUUGAAUGAUAUUCGAGGGAUUCCGGAUGUGAAAGUGGAACAAAUUGAACGACACUGUAUAUUGCUAAGCCUGCGAUGUUUUUCAUGGCGAGGAUUACUUCUUCUCAUUGAAUACUUCAAUAGUUCUGACUUUGAACGUCAUUUAAAGAGAAUAGCCGACGAAUUAUAUUUUCUCUGUAAUGACGUUUUGGUCAGUACAGGAAAACUUACAGCCGAGAGUAUACUAGAUAGUUUACGUAUUCUAGAGUGUCCACACGAUGAGCCACAGCAGUUUAUAAGUCUCCCAGUACAGUGCACAUCGGCAGAGGGUAUGAGACAGGUCUUGGAUAUAGUAGGAAAAGAAAAGACAGUAAAUCGCUUUAACGAGAUCGCAGAAUCCCUUUCAGAACAGGUUGGAGAUAAAAUCUUUGUAAGUGUGAGCUCUGAUGCGGGAGGAUUCAGUGACGUUUUUGAAGAAGAAGAAUCAGAACACUCGAGUUCCAACAGCCUCGGUGACGAUGAUAAUAACGUUUACAGUACAUUGAAAACUUCUGUAAUCCCUGUGGAUAUACCAUAUAUGAAAAAAGAACUGCCUCAUCCGGAUCGGCCAUGGAUUUCAAAAGAUAAUCAGCAAGUGACUCAGCCAGGCAAGUAUGACUUGGAACUGUAUUUGGAAAACAGACGUCGCAAGGGACGGAUUACUGAUGUAAACAGGAGUUUGUUGUCCCUAGAAGCUAAAAUAAAAAAAGAACCAAUGUCCACAGAUGUGCCUGAAACUUCUGUGAAAAGGGGAUGGAAUGCUGAUGUAAACAAGAGUUUGUUGUCCCUAGACGCUAAGAUAAAAAUAGAACCAGUGUCCACACAUGUCCCUGAAACUUCUGCGAAAAGGAGAUUUCAAGACUUUUUCAUCAGAAAAAAGAAAAUAAAGGACUCGUUUGAUAGUAUAAAACCAGAAAAGAUGCGAAUUGAUAAAUCAAACCAAGAGGAUACAUACUUUGACAUGCAUUUGCCAAACAGAGAAACACCAAAUUCCUCUGGUAAACGAAAAGGUUCAAAUAACGAUGAUGGUGAUGACGGUGACAAGAGUAAUGAUGAAGGUGAUGUUACUAAGUCUUCUAGAUCUUCAAAGAAAAAGUUCAAGAGGAUAAAGAAAGCAAGUACAUAUUCACAAGAAACUGAAAAGUCGGUAGACCUGAGAGAGAAAGAUUAUGAAGAACACAGCAGCGGCAGCAGUAGUAGUAGUUCUGAUACUUGCAGUUAUCACUUUGGACAUGGUAACAUUGACAGCCUUUCGGAUGAAGAGAGUCCGGUAGAGAGCAGCUGUAUACAGCAGUUAAGGGCAGUACUAACAUAUGAUGAUGGCACGUUAAAUUUGCUUCACCAUUACAUCCUGUGGUUUGCUUUGAAAGCCGGUGGGGUAGACUGUAAUGAUGAGUUUUAUAAAGAGACAGUUGAUGCCAAGACAAAAUUGGACGGCAGACUGGAGGUGGUGAUGAAUAUAUGUCAGAGUCAGGCUUGGGGAGUCAACUUUAGAAAAGAUGUAAAGACCUAUCCAGAAUUUAAUGAGCAUGUAAAACGUGAAGAUGUGAGUGGAGGUGAUAUGCUACACUUAGGGAAUUGUGAGGUAGUUGUUUUACCGAUGGACCUCUUAUUUGUUGAGAAUGAAUUGUUCUUCUAG